CAAUAGAAACUAAAUAUUUUUUAUGUUUAACAAAUUUAACAAUGUUUUAAAUUAAAUUGCAGCUUUUAAUUUUGGAAGUCAAACAGCAACUGAAAUAACAAACAAAGGAAAACGGGCAUUUCUGCAACAACAACAACAACAACACCUGCAACUCCAGCAACAACAGCAACACCUGCAACAACAUGGAUGUACUCGUGCAUGAUGCGUUACAUUGGUACGGAGACCUAAUGGACAAUAAAAGCGAUCCGCGUGUCAAGAACUUCUUUCUGCUCUCGUCGCCGCUGCCCACACUUGGCUUGUGCAUAUUUUAUGCCUACUUUAGCAAAUCCCUUGGCCCCCGGCUGAUGGCCAAUCGCAAGCCCAUGGAUCUCCGCAAGGUGCUGGUGUACUAUAAUGCAAUACAGACCAUAUUCAGCGCAUGGAUUUUUUAUGAGUACUUAAUGAGCGGCUGGUGGGGUUAUUAUAGCUUCAAGUGUCAGCCCGUCGACUACAGCAACAGUCCCAUGGCCAUGCGGAUGGUCAAUAUCUGCUGGUGGUACUACAUCUCAAAGUUUACGGAAUUCUUUGACACGCUCUUCUUUAUAUUGCGCAAGAAGAACGAGCACGUUUCAACGCUGCAUGUCAUACACCAUGGCUGCAUGCCGUUCUCGGUGUGGAUGGGCCUUAAGUUUGCACCGGGUGGCCACAGCACUUUCUUUGCCCUGCUAAACUCGUUUGUGCAUAUUGUGAUGUAUUUCUAUUAUAUGAUUGCUGCCAUGGGUCCAAAGUAUCAGAAGUUUAUCUGGUGGAAGAAAUACCUGACCACCUUUCAAAUGGUACAAUUUGUGGCCAUAUUUACGCAUCAGUUCCAGCUGCUGUUCCGCGACUGCGAUUACCCCAAGGGCUUUAUGGUCUGGAUUGGUCUGCAUGGCGUGAUGUUCCUAUUUCUGUUCUCUGACUUCUACAAAGCCAAAUACCUAAAUGCGCAGCGUCGUCGCCGUGAGGCCAUCAAGGCCAAUGGCCACCAAUCCAACGGCGUUCACACGAACGGCAAAGUCAAGCAUUUGGGCAGUGGCGAUCCCCAGCUAACCAAUGGCGGCCACAAGGGCGCCUGUAUGCCCGUUUUGGAGGAUGAAUAUGUGAAUAGCAAUGGGCAUGUGAAUGCCUAUCAGGAUGGUUACUUCAAGGAGGGCGUUCUGUCUAGCAAUGAUGCCAUCCUGAAUCCGGACAGCAGUAGCUCUAGUCUUCAUCAGCGCAAAGUCAAAUAA